UUUCGUCAGUUGGUCGCCCACCUUCCGAUGGAUCGCCAAGAACUUUUGUUGGUUUCCCCAGACUCCCGGACAAAACUGUAACACCUGCCCGUUUUCUUUCUUUCUUUUUUUAGAGGUGGGCGUAUAUCACCUGUGCGAGAAUAUUGGCCAUCGCAAAGUGUGACAGAGUGUGUCGUGUGUGUUGUUGUCGGUGGAAUAACACACGGCGGGAGGUGUCUUACAUUUCCAGCUCGGAUUAAAAAACAAGUGCCCGCAAACGGAACAGAAAAAAACAAAACGGACAGGUGGUACUAAGCAGCAAAAUGCUGUAGGCGAUAUUAAGUCUGAAUUGAAUUGAAAUCGAAAUGACAGCGCCGAUAGCCUGGCACGACAAUUUGAUGGCCUUAUCCAUUUUGCCGCCGACCGGUGGCCCGUCACCUUCGUGCCUCUCAUCAUCUCAUCACCAGCCGAAAAGGAAGAGCAACAUGCUGGCCUUUUCCACCAUGUUACAUCAUCAUCGUGGACCGGAUUCGCCGCCCGUCCAUCCGCUCCAGCACCAUCAGCAUCAGCCCACCAUCCAUGAACACAACAACAACCAUCACCGGCCCAAUCACCGGACGGCCAGCACCGGUUUCCUGGCCAUUCGAAAUCGCAGUAAACUCAAAUUGCUCCAACGGGCCCAAUCGUCGUCAUCAGCCUCUUCAUCGACCACCACCACCACGGUGCCGACGAUCCAGCACUCGACUCACAAUUUGGUGAGCAACGGAGUGGCGGAAGAUCCGGCGACGAUGGAAGCCUCUUCUUCUGUGGUGGUGGCGACAGCCGGAAAACCAUCCAGCACAUCCAGCGGAGGAGUAGGUGGAGGUGGUGGACGAAGCGGUGGAGGAGUCGGUUCGGCAUCCGGUUCGCGUUCCGUCUCGCUGGCCAGCGUCAGCUCGGACGGCAGCAGCUCCGAGAGUCACCUGGUGGAGCAGGAAGACAUUGUGGCUCUGACGCAAGAAGUCCGAGCCUUCAAAGAAGCCCUGGGCAAAUUGCGCCGACUCUUUCAUCCCAACGACAAAGACAAGUGCGACGCUCUACGGGUGGCCGCUCACGAGCGACUGGGCGAAGUGUUGCGCAUCCUGCGGAUCAUCCUGGAGCACUACUCGGCCUUGCAGUCGACCGAACUGCUCGUCGCAGCCGGCUCUCUCAUCCAUCAAGUCAAAGAAUAUCAAUACGAAGAUGAGAAGAGGGACGUCAGAGAAUUCAUGGAGUCGAUCGACCAGCUGGCACUGGCGUUCAGCAGCAGGGUUUCCGAGUACCUAAUGGGCGAUUUGGACAGCAACAUUUCGCUGGCCAGCUCGUCCGUGUCGAGUAAAACCAAGUCGUGCGAGAACAUCCCGUCGGAUGCCGAGAACGGCGCCUUGCUGGCCGACCCAGGAACAACGACGGCCAGCAAAUCGGACUCGGUGACGUCCGUCAUCUUUCCAGGCUCGCCCGGCGACCAACAGCAGACGAACCAGCCGUCCACGACGCCGCAACAACACCUGACGGGCGUCCAGAUGGACGCCGUCCUUUUGCAACUGGAACAAGGCGUCGAAGUGGCCCUGCACCGGGCCAAACUCUGGUCCAAAUACGCCAAAGACAUUAUGACCUACGUGGAGAAAAGGUGCAACCUGGAAAUCGAAUUCGCCAAGAAUGUGGCCAAACUGGCACAGACCAUGAAAUCCGCUCUCAAAGAGGAGUGUUAUUUGCCGUUCCAAUCCAUUUACAUGACGGCCAUGGACCGGGAGAUUGACAACAGCAAUUCGGCACAGUCGACCACUUCUUUACUCACCGGCCACAAAUUCCUCGAGCCGUUGUCGGCCAGACGGAACGAGCACGAACGCUGCCGCAAACAGAUCAAAGAGAUGUGGCACCGCGAGUUGAAGCGCAUGCAAGAGUCGGUGGGCAACUUGCGCAAGGCCAAGGCCCUCUACGUCCAGCGCCAGCAAGAGUGGGAGCGGGCCAAAGAGGCGGCCCAGAGGGCCGAGUCCGCCGCCGAGUCCUCCUCAUCCACCGCCGAACAAGCCUCCAAACUGGACAAGAGGAAAAAGACGGAAGAGGAUGCCCUCCAAAAGGCUAUGGAAGCUGAGACCACUUACAAGGCCAGUGUCUGCGAGGCGAACGAAAGGCACGGCCAGUUGUUGCGAGUCAAAAGUCAAGUGCUGCAGCAGGUCCGCGAAUUGAUGCUGCAGUGUGAUCAGACAAUGAAGGCUGUUACCGUUUCUUACUUCCAACUUCAACACACUGUUUCCGCUCCUGCACCCGUUCAGUUUCAGACUUUGUGCGAAAGCAGCAGACUGUACGAGCCAGGCUCGCAGUACAUGGAGUUCAUCAGGAGGAUGCCCCUACCCAGCAAGCCCAGCAGAGACAGCACCCCAACGGCCACUGCAGGAAGCCCUGGUGGCACAUCCCCGGGCCCCUACACCUUUGAACCUUACUCUGAAGAGUCGACAGUGUCAGAGAAGGAGAGAAAGUCCAACGGCUCCCUGAGUGCAGACCUCAGCGAAAGUGCUGGCAAGGAUAGAGUCCAAAGUGGAGGUCCAAUGAAGGCGUGGAGCGCCUCGGCCGUCUCGUCGGCCGGCCAGUCGCCAGGCAACGUCGUCACCCAGGUCAGCAGCGACACGGAGUCUGUGGAAUCGAACCCGAGCGCCAAGAGCCGGGAAACGUCACCGACGGCCAGCCCCAUGAUGCCGGCCAGGCGGCUCGUCCCAGCCUCGUCUGGUGACGAGCUGGAAAACGAGCCCGACCCGGAGGCCGACGCCAACUACCUGGGCUACAGCGCCAACCGUCGCCACUGCAUGUCCAAAGCGGCCGUCACGCACACCUUUCGCAAGUUGAAGACGCCCUCGCGCUGCCGCGAAUGCGACUCGUACGUCUACUUCCAAGGAGCCGAAUGCAUCGAGUGCGGGCUGGGCUGCCACAAGAAAUGUCUAGAAAGUUUGACAAUCCAAUGCGGCCACAAGCGGCUGCCGCGCAAAAUGACCACCUUCGGCGUCGAUCUGAGCCAGCACCUGGCCGAGACGGGCACCCAAGUGCCCCACCUGCUCGCCAAAUGCAUCAACGAAAUCGACACCCGAGGCAUUCAGAUCAAAGGAUUGUAUCGAGUUUCUGGCGUGAAAUCCAAGGUUGAGAAACUGUGCCAGUCGUUUGAGAACGGGGCAGAUCUGGUCGAUCUGACGGACAUUCAUCCCAACGUGGUGGCCAACGUCUUGAAGCUCUACCUGCGCCAAUUGCCCGAGGCCCUGCUGACGUCGAGGCUCUACCCGGACUUUAUCCGAGUGGCCAGGGAGUGGACGGGCCCGUCUGCCGACACUUCAGCGCCCGGAGUGGAGGAGCUCAACGAGCUGGUGCACAAGCUGCCCAGGCACCACUACGCCACGCUGGCCUUUCUGAUGCACCACCUGAAGCGGGUGUCGGGCGAGUGCGAGUCCAACAACAUGCCGGCCUCCAACCUGGGCAUCGUCUUCGGUCCGACUCUGCUCAGGACGUCGGAAGGAUCGGCCACGCUCUCGUCGCUCGUCGACACGGUCCAUCAGACCAAAGUGAUUGAACUGCUCAUCGAACACGCCGACAUUAUUUUCGGGCCGCCCGAUCCGGCCUCGACGUCUCUGAUGUCCACCUCCUCAUCGGCAUCGGCCGCCUCUGCCGCCCUUAUGGCCAGCAGCAGCAGUCCAGCUCACCGAUCAUCCGCUCAAUCGCCCAAAGUGGCGGACCAGCAGGAGUCGCCAGCAGUGGUGGCUCCUGGCUCCUCCUCCUCAUCUUCGUCCUCUUCCACCACUUCGACGGCCUCGUCGCUGCUGUCCAAAGUGCCCGUCGUCCGCUCCAUCUCGUUCCUGGAGAAGCAUCGCUCAAAGUCGAGGGACGCCGCCGAUCGAGAUCACGCGGCCAGCAACGCCGCCACCAUCAUCUCGACGCCGGCCGACCGGCGCAGUCAACAGCACCUGGCCGGCGAACUCCGCGAGGAGGUCCUCCUGCCCGGCUUUGUCGCCGAUAAAACGCCCAACCAUUCGAUUGACAUCGACCCCCUGUCCGAAGAAGGUCUACUUGGUGCGACUUCCGACGACGAUUUGCCCGACUUCCUCCUACCGGACGAUUCGAGUAAAAUACGGAAAUUGCCCGGCUACUUGCGCAGUGGCUCGGCCCCCAAAAUCUUCAAGAGUUCGCUGAAAGAUUAUCACGGCCUGGAAGGAGUGGAUUUGAACUUGCUGAGUAGUCAAGAUCAAGAAGUGCACCCCAUCACGCCCACUAGUCGAGGGAAGAAGUCGACCACCGAGUCGAUCGGAGUCACCACCACCGCCGGCGGCGCCCAGUUGUCGGAAGCCGAGACACUGGGCAGUCACUCGUUGCCUGCGGUCCAGGCGUCGUCAUUGGUCAAACCAAGUUGCGUCAAUCCGUUCAUGGACAGUUCCAUCGACUCGGAUCACAGCUGGGAGUCGCACUCGACCGGAUCGAGUGGGCGUGGCACUCAGCAUAGCGACCAAGGCUCCCUGGGCUCUGCCCAGCGGGCCGGACUUUUGCCCGGCAGUCACGACGAAGUGGACGGUCGCCUGGACAUGUCGUUCACUUCGAUUUCCAGUCACCGGGUCUCGCAGUGCGACGAGAACCGGGUCAAAAUUCAAGUCCCCUCGGCCGCCUCGUGUCCCAACUGGAACGCCGCCACCAACAGUUGCGGGCCGGCGUCUCUAGCCUCGGUCGAGUCGUCGUCCUCUUCUUCAUCUUCGUCGUCCUCGUCCAGGGGCGUCGUCACGGUCCUGGAAGGGCCCCAGAGUGGCACCACCCUGGUCGAAUCGCUGUCCGGCGAGCCCAACGUCAAGAGUGUGCUGAUGAUGGGUGGAGGCCGGUGCACUUCUAGUCCUUCCUCUGCUACUAAUAUGGCUGGCGCUGCUGCCGCUCUGGCCGUCUCGGAUCUGGCGGCCGUUCCGUUCGGACUCACUCACGAAUUUGCUCACGUCUUCGGUCACAGGUCAUCGGCGGCGGUCGUCAGGAGCGUCUCCUCGGCAACCACCACCUACAGUUCUACAGUGUCGACAUUGACGACGAUGUCCUCCUCGCAGACGAUCCUGGAAAGCUCUAGCAGCUCGUCCAGCAGCAGCAGUAGCAGCUCGUCCAGCAGUAGUAGCUCCAGCACUAGCGGAAGUAGUGGAACCAGUCCCAGCAGCGUCAAGAAGGCCGGCGCCGAUCGAGUUCCAAGAUUCGUCUGAGACAAAUUUGUUUUCAAAUUUCCCGCCCAAAACAAAAACGAAAAAAAAAUAACAAAAAAUGGCUGUUGAUGUUGUUGUUCUUGUUGUUGAGCUGCAAUUCUUAUAAAAUCUUUGUUGUUAUACAUAUUUGACCUUUGGAACCGCAAAACAUGCAACACCUGCCAGAGUGGGGAUGCAGAGUAAAAAUGUUAACAAUCAGUGUUCCUUUCUAUUUAAAAAACAAAACAAACAAAACAAAAUCUAUUAUAUUAUAUAACUCUCCUUUUUGUUGUUGUUGUUGUUCAACGAGCCGUUUUUUGAAUUGCAAUUUGUAAUCAUUGUUGAAUCGCUAAAGACAGGCACACACACACUGGUUUCUUUUUGUUUUCUGGGGCUAUCGAAUCGCCCCAACAUUUUUGUAUUUGAAAAAGUUUUAGACAUUCCAAGAUAAAACACCAAAGUUUGGGUUUUAAGUUCGCGUUGGAAAAUGAUGUGCGCAAUCAACGACUUGUCAUAUUCGCUGUUUUUAUUCUCUGUCUCUUUCUACAUCUUUUUUGAAAAACAAACAAAACAAAAAUGAUUGUCCAACGAGUCUAUAUUAUUAUUAUAUAUAUUAUAUAUUAAUCGUUUUGUAUUUUGAAUGUCGAUCAUCAUCAAUUUUUGUGUGCUGUGUCGACGACAACAACAAAUCAAUUUUUAAAAAAGGUGGAUUUUGUCAAUUAGCGAGAGUAUAACGAUAACUAUACUAUAUUAUAUAUCUGCAAUUAUUAUUCAUGUUCUUGUUUAGGAGCUGGCCAGUGUAUAUUCUUUCAUACAUUCAUACAGUAUAUAUAUAUAUAUAUCUACAAACAUAUAUAUAUGUAUAUAUCUAUUAAUAUUUCGCUACUGCCAUUGCGAUUUCGAAAACAAAAACAAAUCUGUUACACCCGUGAGAUGUGAUGUGUGUGUCUCAUCAAUGUUGAAUUAUUUGGGUUGAAUGUUUAUUAUUAUUCAUUAACAAACACAAGUCUUUAUGGUCGACCCCCUCCCGUUUCCCCCUCCCAUUUUUAGCCCCCGCGCACAACCCUCAAAUCUCUCGCCCCAGUUGACCGUUUCUCUCCUGCCCAGUUACCCGGCGCACCUCCCUCCCCCCUCACCCAACAACCGUACCCAUACGUACGUCGUGAUUUAUAUCCUUUCGUCUGUAUAGUUGAGCGGGGAGACAUUCAUUUCUCUCUGCGAACUCUAUUCAAAAAUACAAUCUUGAACAUUUAAAAGA